GCGAGAGCAAGAGGACAGAGGAGUGAGAAGCGCAAGUACAAAAAGCAAAAGGGCGAUGAAAUUUCCAUGCUCCAAUGAUUGUGCAGUCACCAACAGCUCAGGAUUUCAUUCUACACCAAUCAAUCAAGAUUAAGAAAGGAUUUUUAAGAGGUGGGCUGUUAUAUGUCUCUGGGACGAUGAUGGCUCUACUGACUAACCAGAUGCAGUGUUUAUCAAGUCAGAUGUAAUUUUUCAAUGACGGUGUCAGAAAAGGACAUUGCUUUGCACUAACAAAUAUCAUUACGGCAAUAAUGAAAUGGGAGCCUUGCAGCUUGCGCCACCAGAGAGCUACUAAACACAAUUCGAUCGAGAGCGAGCGAGCGAGAGAGAGAGAGAGAGAGAGAGAGAGAGAGAGCAGGGCUGAAGAAGUUGGAGGAAUCGCUGCCAGUGGAAAGCGGCAGCAGCAGAAGCAAGAACCAGCAAGAAAGGGGAGAGAGAAAGCCGAAGGACUUUUCCUCGGAUUGCAUCCUUCGCUUUUGAGGGAAGGAGAAGGACCCUCUCUGUCCUCGCGGGGGGCGGCAGGAGGAGCAGAUGUUCCCGCCUGGCCUGAUCCACCACCGCCCUGACGCUACCGCUCCCGGCGAUGGGCCACCGCGCUCCGGCCCCGGUGGGCCGAGCCUUGUACUGACGGCGGACCCCAAGCCCAGGCUACGGUGGACGGCCGACCUCCACGAGCGUUUCGUCGACGCCGUGGCCCAGCUCGGCGGACCCGAGAAAGCAACACCAAAAACUAUCUUAAGGACGAUGGGUGUCAAGGGUCUUACUCUUUUCCACUUGAAGAGUCAUCUUCAGAAAUAUAGGUUAGGUAAACAAUCUGAUAAAGAGGGGUCAGAGCAAUCUAAAGAUGCUUCCUAUCUUCUAGAUGCUCAAAGUGGAAUGAGUGUGUCCCCUAGAGUUGCUGCCCAGGAUAUGAAAGAAAGCCAAGAAGUUAAAGAAGCACUGAGAGCGCAGAUGGAAGUGCAACGAAGGCUGCAUGAACAAGUGGAGGUCCAAAAGCGCGUGCAGAUCAGAAUGGAAGCACUUGAGAAGUACAUCGACAGUAUCCUAGAGAGCGCAUGCAAGAUGGUUACUGAACAAUUUGCUUCGAGUGGCUUCAGUAUCUCCAACCCUGAUCUCCCGGAGAUAUCCCCUGGAGGGGUCAUGUGUGGCUCCACGGACACGUUGGGCUCGUCGGUGUUGAACCAGCUUUCUGUGAGCUCCAUCGACUCGCACAGUCCAGGAGGCAAACCUUCUCCAUCAGGCAUGGAAGGUCCGACACUGCUCCAGAAGUCGCCUGAGCUCAAGCGGAGGUCCUCUUGAACUGUGACAGCGAAUUCUGAGGUUGGCGGUGAUGGCUGUCUCUGUGGAGUGUCUGAAUAUGGUGGUGACAAUGGAAAUGGUGGCCCAGUCUUGUGGUAGCUGACUUUCUCUCCAGGUAGCAGGACGUGCUGUGUUUGUUGAUCAAUCCAAGUAUCAAACGGACCUACUAUGUUCAUGUGAACUUCCUCAAGUGCUAGUUAAAAAGUUUUCAUGCUUCUGUCAUGAGAUUAUGAUCCUAGUAGCAUCCUUAGCACACUUGAAACGUUGACUCGUGUCCUAGUGUCGUUUGUGUUAGUCCAUAUGUGAACAAUGAUUCAUGUUGGAACAUGCUAGCUAACACCAGAUGAUUCAAGCUUCGUAUUUUUGUCUCAA